CUCACUUGUCAACUCGUAAAAGUUUCGCCAAUAAUGUGUUUUGGACACGGCUAUUGAUAGUUAAUUUUGUGUUGUUUGAACAUAAAUCAGAGCUGAUAACUGCUGGCUCACAAGCUCACAUAUUACGGACCAACUUCGCCCUGCGAAGCCAAAGGCAGAUAGUAAGUGAGCCAUCGCAACACCUAUUCUCACAAUUCCGCGGAAAGUGGAAACACGACGCUCUUGGAUGAAUUAAACACUCCAAGACGACGCUGUAUGGAGCUGACGGGGUGUAAUGAGACGAGACCGCGAACGUGGGAAAGGGAAUAAGAAAAAAAGAAUUAGAUCAGACUAUUCUUACCUUUAGAAUAAGAUACUCGAACUUUUUAAUAUUAUGUUGAUAUAAACAAAUCGAAAUGGAAAUGCAAUCAAUACAGGCGUCUUCCAGUCGCAUACUCUACGAUGUUCCUUGUGCGGUGUGUCGCGACCACUCAUCGGGGAAACACUACGGAGUGUUCGCAUGCGACGGCUGCGCGGGCUUCUUCAAACGGUCGGUGAGACGAGACCGCCGGUACAGCUGCAAAGCUAGAAGCCCUGGUGCCUGCUUAGUUGACAAAGCCCACCGUAAUCAGUGCCGCGCUUGCCGUUUAGCCAAAUGCCUCGAUGUGGGCAUGAAUAAGGAUGCCGUACAGCAUGAAAGAGGUCCGAGAAAUUCUACAAUACGAAGACAAAUGGCACUAUUUUUAAAAGAUCCUAUUCCAUCUACAGACAUUGGCUUAACUCCACCAGUCCUAGACUUAGCUCUCCCUAAACAUAAUCUGAUACCGCCUCUUCCAACUGCACCAUUCUUCCACAACCCUUACUUUUCGUAUAACAGAUUAAGCCUCUUGAGCUCUCCUGUACCCCCAUGUCAUACAAAAGUUCUGUCAUCUACAUUUACACCGACAAUUCAAAAUACUACCGAUCCUGAAGCAAUGUGCGAAGCAGCAGCCAGACUUUUGUUUAUGAAUGUCAAAUGGGCUAAAAAUGAUGCAACUUUCAGUUCGCUGUCUUUAUCUGACAGAUUAAUAUUAUUAGAAGAGUCCUGGAGGGAUCUAUUCGUCAUCGGUUGCGCGCAAUUUCUCUAUCCUCUUAAUUUGAAAAUUCUGCUUGAUGCGAAAAAUACAACUGUACAUUCCAAAGACGUGGAUGAUUUUCAAAUGGUGUUAGCUGAGCUGUCGAAAAUUCGUCCAGAUACAAAUGAAUAUGCAUGUAUGCGAGCCAUCGUCCUGUUCAAAACAACUUUUGGUGAGAAAAGCAAUCAAGAUAGUCCAUGUGAAACUAAUGUCGAAAUGAAAAAACUCCAAGAUCUUCCUGCCGUUGCCGCUUUGCAAGACCAUUCCAAAGUUGUCCUAAAUGAGUAUACGGCUCGCAUGUAUCCUCUCGACACGACGCGUUCCAGCCGGCUGCUGCAAAUCAUGUCUAACGUCAGAAAAGUUUCUAGUGUUACCAUAGUAGAACUCUUCUUUCGCGCCACUAUAGGAGACAUUCCUAUUGAGAGAAUCAUCAGUGACAUGUAUAGAAGUAGUAAAGAUAUUUCCUAGCAGCUUAGAUGGUUAGGUUAGGUACACAAUUAUAGCACUAAUUAAUAGCCAAGAUAAAUGAACCAAUAAAUAAAUAUAUGAAAAUUAGUGAUGAUGAAUUAUUAUGAUCAUAAUAUGUUAUACGCGGCCAUGA